CAAGCUGGAGAAAAGUUGCUGCAAACUUUCUAGCCCGUUCCCCGCCCCUCCUCCCGGCCAGACCCGCCCCCCGUGCGGAGCCGGGAAUUCCGAGGGGCGGAGCGCAGGCCGAGAUGGGGAAUGUGGGGGCCUGCAGAGGACCCUGGAGACGGAGGCGUGCAGAAGCUCAGUCUCGGGGCGAAGGCUUCGCGCCCUUAGCCCUCCUGGACGGCCCGUUACCUUCUGCGUUGUCCCGAUGGGGAAACUGAGGCCCUGAGCCAGAAGCACACGCUGGGGGGAGGCAGAAAGCGCGGCCAGAGGCGGAGGGAAAACAAAGGGAGAAUCACAGACAGACGAGAGGGGGACGGACACACACAAGGGGACAGAGACCCGAGUGGAGAGCUGGAUCUCGCCUUCCCGGCGUGGGGCGCAGGGUCGGCCAGGGAGAAGAUCGAGAAAAGCGAAGAGUGGGAGCGAAAAGGGGGGACAGGCGGGGGAGGGGGCUGAGGAAAGCCCGAGGGAGGAAGAGAAGGAGGGAGGAACUUCCCAAAGUUGCAAAACAUGGCUACCUUGCCUGCGGAGCCGAGCGCGGGGCCCGCGGCCGGGGGGGAGGCGGUGGCGGCGGCGGCGACCGAAGAGGAGGAGGAGGAAGCGCGCCAGCUCUUGCAGACUUUGCAGGCGGCCGAGGGUGAGGCGGCGGCGGCGGCCGGGGCCGGGGCGGGCGAAGCGGCUGCGGGAGCUGAGGGCCCGGGAUCCCCGGGCGUCCCCAGGUCGCCCCCCGAGGCCGCUUCCGAACCGCCCACGGGCCUCCGCUUCUCGCCCGAGCAGGUGGCGUGCGUCUGCGAGGCGCUGCUCCAGGCGGGCCACGCAGGCCGCUUGAGCCGCUUCCUGGGCGCACUGCCCCCGGCCGAGCGCCUACGUGGCAGCGACCCGGUGUUGCGCGCGCGGGCCCUGGUGGCCUUCCAGCGGGGCGAGUACGCCGAGCUCUACCGGCUACUCGAGAGCCGCCCCUUCCCCGCCGCCCACCACGCCUUCCUGCAGGAUCUCUACCUGCGCGCGCGCUACCAUGAGGCCGAGCGGGCCCGCGGCCGCGCGCUGGGCGCAGUGGACAAGUAUCGACUGCGCAAGAAGUUCCCGCUGCCCAAGACCAUCUGGGACGGCGAGGAGACAGUCUACUGCUUCAAGGAGCGCUCCCGCGCAGCGCUCAAGGCCUGCUACCGCGGCAACCGCUACCCCACGCCGGACGAGAAGCGCCGCCUGGCCACACUCACCGGCCUGUCGCUCACACAGGUCAGCAACUGGUUCAAGAACCGGCGACAGCGCGACCGGACCGGGGCCGGAGGCGGCGCGCCCUGCAAGAGCGAGUCUGAUGGGAAUCCCACGACUGAGGACGAGUCCAGCCGAAGUCCUGAAGACCUGGAGAGAGGGGCGGCCCCAGUAUCUGCCGAGGCCGCUGCCCAGGGCUCCAUAUUCCUGGCAGGGACCAGCCCUCCCGCGCCGUGCCCGGCCUCCUCCUCCAUCCUGGUGAACGGGAGCUUCCUGGCAGCCAGCAGCUCCCCAGCAGUGCUCCUCAACGGGGGCCCCGUCAUCAUCAACGGCCUGGCCCUGGGCGAGGCCUCCAGCCUGGGCCCGCUGCUGCUCACUGGGGGCGGGGGUGCCCCUCCACCGCAGCCCAGCCCUCAGGGGGCCAGCGAGGCCAAGACCUCCCUGGUCCUGGACCCUCAGACAGGGGAGGUGCGGCUGGAGGAGGCUCAGUCGGAGGCCCCUGAGACCAAAGGGGCCCAGGUGGCUGUUCCGGGACCAGCCCUUGGAGAGGAGGUCCCGGGACCCCUGGCCCAAGUGGUGCCUGGCCCCCCGCCGGCUGCUACCUUUCCUCUGCCCCCGGGGCCAGUGCCUGCUGUGGCUGCCCCACAAGUGGUACCACUCUCCCCACCCCCGGGGUACCCCACGGGCCUGAGCCCCACCUCCCCACUGUUGAACCUGCCCCAGGUAGUGCCCACCUCACAGGUGGUGACCCUGCCCCAGGCUGUGGGGCCCCUGCAGCUGUUGGCAGCCGGGCCAGGCAGCCCUGUGAAGGUGGCAGCUGCAGCAGGCCCUGCCAACGUGCACCUCAUCAACUCCGGGGUGGGCGUGACUGCCCUGCAGCUGCCUUCGGCCACUGCCCCAGGUACCCCCAUCUCCCUCCCUCAGGCCUGGGUGAGAACCAGGGAGGGGUGCAGUCAUCUCAUCUCGGAGAGGGAGGGGCUGUCCCUGGGCUCCUGGGGGGCAUCUCAUCCCUGGCAAAUCCCAGUGCCCCAAGGCCCACCGGAAGGCUUCCUCCGCCCGCCCUCCAGCUUCGCAGUCUCCAUCUCUGUCUGGCUUGGCCUGCUCUCCUGGCUCUCACCUGUGCUCGGUCCCUCUCUCCCCACAGGAAACUUCCUCCUGGCUAACCCUGUGUCUGGCAGCCCCAUCGUGACGGGUGUGGCCGUGCAGCAGGGCAAAAUCAUCCUCACCGCCACCUUCCCUACCAGCAUGCUUGUCUCCCAGGUCCUGCCUCCAGCCCCCAGCCUGGCCCUGCCACUGAAGCCAGAGACGGCCAUCUCCGUGCCUGAGGGAGGCCUCCCGGUGGCCCCCAGCCCUGCUCUCCCAGAGGCUCAUUCCCUAGGCACCCUUUCUGCGCAGCAGCCACCCCCCGCCGCUGCCACCACCUCCAGCACCAGCCUGCCUUUCUCCCCUGACACCCCUGGCCUCCUGCCCAACUUCCCGGCGCCCCCACCAGAGGGGCUGAUGCUGUCACCCGCGGCCGUGCCUGUCUGGUCAGCAGGGCUGGAACUAAGCGCAGGAACAGAGGGGCUGCUGGAAGCGGAAAAGGGGCUGGGGACACAGGCCCCCCACACUGUGCUGAGGCUGCCGGACCCCGACCCAGAGGGGCUGCUCCUGGGGGCCACCGCAGGGGGUGAGGUUGACGAGGGGUUGGAAGCUGAGGCCAAGGUUCUGACCCAGCUCCAGUCGGUGCCUGUGGAGGAUCCCUUGGAACUGUGACCUAGUGUGGCCCUGUGGCCUCUCCCGACAUUGGUGCUGAAGACGCAGGGACAGGAAUGGGAGGGGGGAGCCCCAGAAAUGCGGUUGCUGAAGACCCCAGUUACCACAUCCUUCUGCCCGGGUGGCCUCUCCAAGCCCUGGUGGUGCCGGGGGUUGUACCCCCGGCCACCUCCUGUCCAAGUCUCCAUUCCCCUCUGGAUGAGAGGCUUCUCUGUUACAGCCCUCCCCAUGCUGUGCCCUGCCAUAUACGUGGGGGACUCAGGGUCCUGACUCAGGGGCCCUGCCCCCUCCACUUGGUACUAGUUGUGAGCGGAACACCCUGCCCCAGGGCCGGACUUCCAGCCCCCAGAGCCCUCUCCUUGUCACUCCCUGAAACACUAUUAAUAGCUCUGCCGAUAGCCGAUAGCCGGUGUUGUCACAACUGCCUGGAAUCCGAAGGUGGAGGACAGGCAGCCCCGCGCCCCUGAGACUGGAGACCCUCCCCAGUGUGGCAUUUCCUGCCAGGGGCAGGGGCUGGGGCAGCUGUGGGGAGGCGGGGGUCUUCCUUCACCAGCUCCCCUGGACUCAAGCCCUUGUCCUCAUAUCCGGCCCAGACCAAAGAUUCCCUCAUCCCUGGAGGCAGCCCUGCCGCUGUGUCUCCUUUGUAUCCUAAAUCUUUAUUUUUCUAGGACAUGUUAUGCCUCCAUUUUCAAUUAAAAUAAAGUUACCAGAUUACACCACCA